AAAUUAUGCUAGUUAAGAUUAUUUUCUAAUUAUUCCCUUAAACUAACCAAAAAAUGCUCAAUGAGCUCUCGUAUUCUAAGUCAAGACUGCUAUUCAUCAAUACCUUUGCCAUAUUACUUAAUGCCACUUAUUUGAAUGUGUAUCGCUUAUAUGCAGACUUGAACAAUGUUAAGGAAGGCGUUGAUGGUUCCAAUGAGGAGAUAUGGAUCAGGGAGAUCUUCACAUUCCUCAUCAGUGGCCUUAUUGUGGUCCGCUUUCUCCUGUGCUUUUUAGGAUUGGCUUCAAACAUUGUGGCUAUAUAUCCCAUUCUAACCAACACCCAAGCAGAGAUGCUAAUGCCCACUAUCAUUGUGCAGGCCAUUGACAAUGUCAUCCUAAAUCUCUACGAAAUUAUUUUGGGCUACGGCAGUUUAUGCUAUCUGUAUCCUGAAAGUACGUCCGUUUUCAUUUUCUUUCUUUUUAAAAUGUCAGUGAAAAUUGCCUGCAGCAUCUCUGUAUUGAAUAUUUAUUCGGAUCAACACAAUCACUUGGUUAAUUUAGUUUCUUUUAAUGAGGAAACACACAGCUUGGAACCAGACAGUGUAGAUGAAGUUGAAUUGACCAACCAAAACUUGGAUGCUUCCUAGCUAUACUUAGCUCAGAAUAGGAUUUCUAGACUUUCCAAAUUGAUCUUUUUUCAAGGAAUAUAUAAAAUAAUAUACUGAAUAUUUUACUCACUGGUGGAUUUUUGUUGACAUCAAUAAUCUGUAUGAUUAGCAAACCUCGACCCUAAAAAAACAUUGAUCCGCAUCACGGCAAACAGAUUGCGAUCCAACUGCUUGUUAACUGAAACCUUUCCAUUUCUGGCAAUCUUAAAGUACUCCUUGAACUGAUCGUCAUGCGCUAGCUCCUU